UGGGGAUUCCUGAUUAAAGCCCUAAAGUGACUAACAACCAAAAUUAGCUCGAUGUUGUAAAACACAUGGAGCCAACGGAUCCUCCCCAAGACCCCUCCGAUAACCCUAACGACGUCGCAUCCGGCGACUCCUCACCCGAUACCGAACUCACUCACUCCAACAGCGCAACCCCGUCCCUAUCAGAAAACAAUCCACCUUCCAAAACGACACCCGAAGCCCCCGUUUCGGAUUCCCAAGACGACUCCUCCUCCGACCCCAUCCAAGACGACAACGACGACAACAACAACGAUCCCGAUGGACCGCCUCAAAACCCUAGCCUGUCCGAACCCGCUCCAGCAGAGCCCGGUCCGCCGCCCAAGAAGCGCCGCCGGAGAAAGAAAUUCUUUACGGAGCUCAACGGCAACCCCUCGCUCUCUCGGAGCCGCCGGUCCGACAUGGCCAAGGACGUCGAUGUGGAGGCCCUGAUCGCGAUCUCGGUGGGCUUCCCGGUGGACUCGCUCACCGAGGAGGAGAUCGAGGCCAACGUGGUGUCCACCAUCGGCGGCGUCGAGCAGGCCAACUACAUCGUAGUCCGGAACCACAUUCUGACCCGGUGGCGCUCCAACGUGUCGGUCUGGCUGACCCGGGACCACUCGCUCGAGUCCAUACGGUCCGAGCACAAGGGCCUCGUCGACUCUGCCUACCGGUUCCUCCUCAACCACGGCUACAUCAACUUCGGGCUCGCCCCGGCGAUUAAAGAAGCGAAGCUGAGGUCGGUCGACGGAAUCGAGAGAGGCAAUGUGGUAAUCGUCGGCGCGGGUCUCGCCGGUUUGAUCGCAGCGAGGCAAUUGGUGUUUAUGGGGUUCAAUGUCGUGGUCUUGGAGGGCAGGGCACGCCCUGGUGGGCGCGUUAAGACGAGGAGAAUGAACGGUGACGGCGUCGAGGCCGCAGGGGAUCUCGGUGGGAGCGUCCUCACCGGAAUAAACGGAAACCCACUUGGGGUUCUCGCGAGGCAAUUGGGACUACCGCUUCACAAGGUGAGAGAUAUAUGCCCCUUGUAUCUACCCGAUGGCAAAGCUGUGAAUUCUGAGAUUGAUUCUAAAGUAGAGGUUUCGUUUAAUAAGUUGUUAGAUAGGGUUUGUAAGCUUAGGCACGCAAUGAUAGAGGAAGUUAAGUCUGUAGAUGUUCCCUUAGGGACCGCCCUUGAAGCGUUUCGGCGCAUUUAUAAUGUGGCUGAGGACCCGCAGGAGCGGAUGUUGUUGAAUUGGCAUCUGGCCAAUUUGGAAUAUGCCAAUGCUUCCUUGAUGUCGAAUUUGUCGAUGGCGUAUUGGGAUCAGGAUGAUCCGUAUGAGAUGGGCGGUGAUCAUUGUUUUAUUCCCGGAGGUAAUGAGACAUUUGUGCGAGCCCUUUGUGAGGACCUUCCGAUUUUCUAUGAGAGGACUGUGGAGAGUAUUAGGUAUGGGACUGAUGGGGUGCUUGUUUAUGCUGGUGGGCAGGAGUUUCGUGGGGAUAUGGUUCUGUGCACGGUGCCAUUAGGCGUGCUGAAGAAGGGAACGAUUGAAUUCGUUCCUGAGCUUCCUCAACGAAAGAGAGAAGCAAUUCAGAGACUAGGAUUUGGCUUGCUAAAUAAGGUUGCCAUGUUGUUUCCAUAUAAUUUUUGGGGUGGUGAUAUUGAUACGUUUGGGCAUUUGAGUGAAGACCCGAGUAUGAGAGGCGAAUUCUUUUUGUUUUAUAGCUAUUCUUCUGUGUCUGGAGGCCCACUUCUUGUUGCGCUUGUGGCGGGAGACGCUGCAAACAAGUUUGAGACGAUGUCGCCUGUGGAGUCUGUGAGAAGGGUGUUGGACAUAUUGAGGGGUAUCUUUCAUCCGAAAGGGAUUGCUGUUCCGGAUCCGGUUCAGGCAGUCUGUACUCGCUGGGGAAAGGAUCCAUUCGCCUACGGGUCUUACUCUUAUGUUGCAAUUGGGUCUUCGGGAGAUGACUAUGACAUUCUGGCUGAGAGUGUUGGAGAUGGGAGGGUCUUCUUUGCAGGAGAGGCAACUAAUAAACAGUAUCCAGCAACAAUGCAUGGAGCUUUUCUUAGUGGGAUGAGAGAGGCUGCUAAUAUAGUGAGAGUGGCCAAGAGGAGGUCAUUGAUUCCAGCUGACAAAUUAAAUAAUGUUAGAGAGGAAAGUGACGAUUUGAAUAAAUUAUUUGAGACUCCUGACCUGACAUUUGGGAGCUUCUCUGUUUUGUUUGAUCCAAGGUCAAACGACCUUAAUUCAUAUUCAUUGUUAAGAGUGAAAUUUAGAGGGGAGAAAUUAGACUCUGGUUGUCUCUGUCUUUUUGGCUUGAUUUCAAGGAACCAGGCCAUCCAGCUGAGCGAGGUAGAUGGAGAUGAGAACAGGAUGAGGAUGUUGAAUCAUGACUUUGGGGUGAGGUUAGUUGGGAGCAAAGGGUUAUCUGGUGCUGGGGAAUCCCUAAUCUCCCAAAUAAAAUCAGCUAGAUCCAACCUAAAUGGUGGAUUUAAAGAUGGUGCUGUGUAGAGGAAGACGAGCAUCAACUGAUUGGUGGAAGUGGCUAACUCAUUGCUUGUCUGAAUUUUGAUUUUCUUUAUGUUGGAGAAUAACUUAGACUAGCUGGAGGGAGUUCACAGUCAUUUGAGUGAAUAGCAAUUAUGCCUUCAGCUUAUGGUUAAAGUUGUACCAAAGCUGCUUCAUCCUGUACAGUACUUGCAUGCUUAGAUGAGCACAUUUAAGUUUAGGAUUUGGUUGGUCUGAAUUGUUUCUAAAUUCUAAUGCCUUUGAUUUAUUUUCGAAUUCCUCUUGGGGGCUGCAAGAUUUUUUGUAGUAACUAAUUGGGAAUUAUUUUAUCCUCUUAGGUGGUUGUAAAUUUCAUCAUUGAGUUGAAUUACAAUUAUUGUUAGUUUCCAAUAA